AUGGCACAAUCUACUAGUAAAAGAAAACGCACUCAGACCAGAACGAAGCCGAAUAAACGACCCAAAUACGUCGAUUUCAGCGAAGGCGAACCCGACGAUAAUUCCAAGCUUUGGGAGGCAGAGUGUAUUCUUGAAGAGCGCAUCGUCAAGGGAACCAAGAAAUACCACAUUAAAUGGAGAGGCACAGACCCGAGUACUGGAAAAGCGUGGCCGGCUACUUGGGAACCCGAAGAGAACGCGAACGACGAACUGGUGGCAGAUUGGCUGCAGCGAAAAGCGCAGCGGACAGCGCAGGAACCGGGUGGUAGCAGAGGUCGCUCAGCACAACGAGCAGAGGCUCAGACAUCAAGGCGCAUUCGCAACUCGCGGGUCAUUGAUAUUUGUCCAGAGUCUACCACUUCCGACCCCUCCCCUUUGGAGCCCUCCACGCCUUCCCAUAAUAGAGCCGCCUCGAGAAAUCUGUCCCGCGCUGCGAAUUCGCCUCUUGGUAUUGCAACGAACUCUGGGCGAGUCUUGCGGGUUUCGCCUCGCAUACGUAUACGCCGACGUGGACAGAGUCUAGAGCGAACCAAAUUCGAGCGAGUCUCGCAACUACCGUUAUCACAACCUCCUUCUACACAAGAACCUACACAGGCGCAUAGCCAGGAAACCGACCUUGACCACGACGGUUCACAGCUCAUUUCUGCAAGACCAGAACCAUACUCGUCCGGCAUCGUUCCCGACUCGCAGAGCUCUACUGGUGAGGCCAGCUUUAUACCCAUCACACAACAAACGGAAGGCAUCAACCAGAAGAGUACUGGCUCUAGCAGGGUGCUGGAAGACGACGGAGAAGAAGAUCUUGCAGACGAUUCGGGGCUUCUUGAAAUUGUGCAAGGAGCAGCGUUGCAGGUCAUAUCACCCACGAGGUCAAUUCCAGAAACUAUAGCAGAUACAACAGUUGUAGAUUCGCAGAGUCAGCAUCAAAGAGUUGCAGCUCCGGGUGCGCUUGAACUUGUGCAAAGCCUACCACAGGCUGGACAAGUCACAACUCAAGACCACAGGGAAUCUGAAACUGUCCAAAAGCCCCAUACGGGCGCUCUGAUUUCUACAGGACACAACACAUCAAGUAGUGAUUUACUUCAGCAACUCCAGGAACACGUUCCUCAGACACAGACAUCAACGGAGGCUGCGGAGAACGGUCCACUGGAAUUUGUCGAUAUAGAAGAGAUUCCUGUAUCACCAAGGAACUCGUCUGCACUCAGUGACAGCCAGACGUCUCAGACUGACAGACGCGAGGCAAACAGCGAUCCUCUACCAAUUGUUACUGGUGCCUCUGGUGAAGUCACGCAACCCGACGCAGUCCAACAACUCGGUGGUCGCGAUAGUAGCCAGCCAAGCCUAGCCGAGCGUCCAGUUACAGACGACGAUCAGUCUCCAUCCUACUCCCAAUAUCCAAUCACUGAUUUCGCGCAACAAGCACAUUCACCAAGUUUGGCUUCCCAGCCAGAUUGUCGCAUUGCCAGGUGUAGUUCGCAUCAACCUGCAGGUGUUAGUGCGACGCUAGAAGCCCAAAACAGCCAAGCGCUGCUCACUGGGCCAGGUGCUCCAAACAAGACCACCUCAGAUCCGUCUUACAACCGUCCACACGAACUAGUAGCAUUGCCGUUGAACAGUCAGGUCUGCGACAACGAUUUGUACAAACAACUACUGACAUCGAAAUCUAUCCGCAGCCUGUCUCCUGCAUCGGAAGCAGAGCCGGGGCCAAGUUAUUGUUUAGAGGAGCGCGAGCAGAACGCGCAAGUCGUGUCUUUAGAAGCUGUCCUAAGUACACAAGAGGACACGGCUGACGAUAUCCGAAUCACGAUUGAGAAGGAUUACGCCGAGGAUAGGGCCAACUCAGAAUCACGCCACGACUCUUCACAAGAAUCACCAGAGCGACCAAUUCAGUCCUUGGACCACAGUUCGUCUCCGGUCCCAUAUCCACCAAGCUACUCAUUGAAAACUCAAGAGUCACAAAUUCCCCCACGACCCUACACCCCCGUUCCAACAUCAUCUGCAUCUAGCAUGGCGGGUGAAAGCUCCGCAGACAUUGUCAAGCGACAGUUGGAAGAGGCCCUGGCUAAACAAAUGGCAGAGAAUCCUUACAUCCCAAGGAAACGACCCAACAGAUCAUCUACUGGUGCAUCUGUUUCAGUAGCUGAGGUUUCAACCACUCCCGCUAAGGCGAGCAGAUUGCUAAGAACAGCCGAACAGGAAGGCACACGAUCUCCCUCGGCUGUGCCAGACCGCUCGCCAGCCAUGCAGGUACCCACCUCGCUAAGGACGGUUGCAUAUGCUCCUAGUAUACCCCAAGCGGCGUCCCCGCAGGAUGAGACCAUGGCCUCAACAUCGGGUGCUCAUUCAGAAACCGCUGAUGCUGAUGCCGAAGCUGCAGCAGCCACCGAGUCCGCAGCACCAGAUGUACAACCGUCUGUUGGCUCCGAAGACAUGGACGUCAGCGAUGCAGAUGAUGAGGAUAGUGAGAGCCUCUUGAACGACGAUCUGCAGCUUGCAGAGCAAGAGUUCAUUAUACCCUUGUUCAUCCAAGGGCGACAAAGUGACAUGUACUCUCAGCACAUUGCGCUCAAGAAGGACACCUUGGAAAAGUUUCUCGAGGGCCCCCACAGCGUAGAGCCAAUCUCGCAAGUAGAAGAGAUUCUGACAUACCUCCGCGCAAUAGAAACACAUGUCGACUUGGUCUUUGCCGAAGCUGGGUCUGGACUCUUGAACGAUGAAAUGUCAAUGACGCAGGCUGCACAUGCCGCCCAGUUUGGUAUAGAAAACUCGACAAAAUUCAGGUUUUUGCAUAAGCUCUUUCAUCAUUUACGGGAUUCCGACAUUCAAAAGCACAUCGUGUUGGUCACUGAGAAGGACGAUGAUGCACUCUUCAACAUUCUUGAAACAUUUUGCGAGGCGAAAAAUAUCAAUUACAAUAUGCCCACCAGAGGCCACCGGACGGAUCCGACAGAGGUCGAGGGAGAGUUGCAAGCCACCAUCAUCCCAGGCAAUGCAUCUCCCGUGAUGCGCCCUGCUGAUCUCAUCAUCUGUCUUGAUGGCUUCCAAGAUGCGACACAGAUCCGCAAGAAGAACUGGGCCAGGUCUCCCGAACGUGAGGUUGUACCGGUAAUCCAUCUUGUUAUCCCUAGGACUGUUGGACACAUUGAGCGCUACAUUGCGCCGAGUCUGGGCCCAGUAGAGCGUAUGCAUACUAUCCUGGCAAGUCUAGCGCACGUUCGCCCAGACAUCGGCAAGGCUAUUGACGAGGACACACCACGGGACAUUGUUUGUGCAUCCUUGGUUGCUGAAUGGCUCAUGGACACGACAGAGGGUGCAGAGCAAAGCUGGCCGAUACCAUCUAUUGGUAGUAUCAAGGAUGUCAUCGAGUACCAGACGCAACUAUCACAGCCCUUGGCGAACUCUCCGGUGCCUGAACGUAUCAAGCGGCCUUUGUUGGACAAAGAAGAGCUUGAUCCUUCGAAGCGGAUGCGGUUCACUCCUCAGCCACAGCCAGUUCAGAGCUCUGGUUCAGAUCAAAACAAUGAGACCACGCGUAUCAGUGAUUCCAUGCCUAGCACUGCAGCAUAUGAAUCAAAUCUGCAGAAACGUCUAGCUCAGCUGGAAGAAAUGUACCAUACAGAACGUGAAGCGCGCAGAGCAGAAGAGAAACGCUUCCGCGAACAUGAGGAAGCAUGGGACAAGCAACAGACAGUCCAUGAGAACUUGGCGCGUGAAUAUCGCCUUUUGCUAGGCAAGCAGCAAGCAGCAGAGAAGAAGCUUGAAACUCUGCAAAGCAGCAACACUACUCUCACCGAACGCCUCACCACCCGCACCUCCGAGCUGCGCUCACUCGAGAAACAGCUCGAAGAGCAACGCGCCACACACCUCCUCUCCGCUGACGCCCAAAUCGUCGAAAUAACCAAACUCCGCAAAGACCUCGCCACCGCUCACCAAGAAAAAGAAAAAGCAAUCAAAAACGCAGCCACCACCGACAACAUGCUCGAAUACACCCGCACCGCAUACCAAGACGCGCAAAAAGCCGCCGCAACAGCAAACACGCGCAUCGCAGACCUCGAAGCCCAAGUCACUAAACUCACCCACGCCGCGUCAGGCCAAGCCGUUAAAUUAAAAACAAUGCAUCUCGACCGCAACUACGAGGCCCAAGAUCGAAACAUCAAAGCGCUCAAAGCAGAGUUGGGCAUCGUUAUGAAAGCCCUACAGAAUAAAGAUGAAGAAAUUACGCGACUCAAGAGUAUGGGGAGACCCGGCGUGGGGACCAGGGGCACGAGUGCUACGCCUCAGCCGAAGAUUCGGUCGAGGGCUGGGAGUCCGAGUUUGGUGGGCGGAAGAUUGUCGAAUUUGAGGAAUGGGUAG